GCAACAACAGCGCAUUGAUUUCCCCCCACAACAAUAAAAGGGUGACGAAUACUAACAAUUUAAGAAAGCAUCUAAGAAACUCACAUUAACGUCAAAUAACCACCGUGUUUUUGAAGAAAUACCGCAGCCAGCCAUGCUGUCGGAUGCAGACUAUUCUGGGAAUGCCUCUGGGAAUGCUCGGCGAGCCAGGAAGAGGAGCUCCGGGGAGUCACCGGGGGACGGCCAGACCCUGCGCUCCUCUGGGAGGCAGAUCAAUGUGCGGGUGAAGCGCACCAACAACCCUCCACCGGGACAGAGCAAAAGAAAAGCCACAGACACGGAGGAGGAAGACGACCAGUCCGAGAAGAAGUACAGAAAGUGCGAGAAGGCUGGAUGCUCUGCCACGUACCCAGUUUGUUUUGCAAGUGCAUCUGACAGGUGUGCUAAAAAUGGAUACACGUCUCGCUGGUACCAUCUGUCCUGCGGGGAGCAUUUUUGCAACGAAUGUUUUGACCACUACUACAGAAGUCACAAAGAUGGCUAUGAGAUCUUUGCUUCGUGGAAGAAGGUUUGGACUAGUAACGGGAAAAGUGAGCCCAGUCUUAAAGCUUUCAUGGCAGAUCAGCAGCUACCAUUCUGGGUUCAGUGUACUAAACCGGACUGUAGGAAGUGGCGUCAGCUGACCAAGGAGAUCCAACUCACUGCUUCCCUAGCAGCAACGUACCGCUGUGGAUUGAAGAUCAACAACAUCAAGACUGAGGGACCGGACCAGUGCUCCCAACCAGAAGACUUAAGGGUGGCAGAGGUGUCUGACAACUGGUGGCAUUCCAUGUUGAUUUUGCCUCCGUUGUUCAAAGACAGUCCAGCCAUCCCGUUCCUCGCCGCCUACUACCCGGACUGCGUGGGGAUGAGUCCGUCCGGCUCUGCCAGCAACCCGUCUCUGUCUGAGCUCAGGACUGAUCACUGCAGAGCCGUCCAGCCACAAAUUCCAGGCCUGUGUCCGUACUUCCAGCCCUUCUAUCAGCCCAAUGAGUGCGGGAAGGCUCUGUGCGUUCGGCCUGAUAUGAUGGAGCUGGAUGAGCUUUACGAGUUCCCAGAGUUUUCCCGCGAUCCCACCAUGUAUUUGGCAUUACGCAACCUAAUUUUGGCCUCCUGGCACAAGAACUGCAAGGAGGUGCUAACUUCCCAGAAGUGUGCUGUGCACAUCAUUGUCCGGGGGUUGGUGCGUGUGCGCUGCGUGCAGGAGAUGGACCGGGUGCUCCACUUCAUGACCAGGAAGGGCCUCAUCAACACUGGCGUGCUGGCGGUGAAGCGGCCUCUACUCCCUGAAAGACACUGCUCUAGGAACGUUAUUGUCAUUGGCGCCGGGGCUUCAGGGCUGGCUGCUGCACGGCAGCUGCAAAACUUUGGCACUCAGGUGGUGGUGCUCGAGGCUAGGGAGAGAAUCGGAGGCCGCGUGUGGGACGAUACUUCUCUGGGCGUCACUGUGGGCCGAGGAGCUCAAAUCGUCAAUGGCUGCGUAAACAACCCCAUCGCCCUGAUGUGUGAACAGAUGGGCAUCAAGAUGCACAAGUUGGGGGAGCGGUGUGACCUCUUUCAGGAGGGGGGGCAGGUUACUGACCAGGCCAUCGACAAGCGCAUGGACUUCCACUUCAACGCCAUCCUGGAUGUGGUGUCAGAAUGGAGGAAGGACAAGUCGCAGACCCAGGAUAAGCCACUGAGAGAAAAGGUCCAGGAGGUGAAGAAGAACUUCCUUCAGGAGUCUGGGAUCCAGUUCAGUGAGUUGGAGGAGAAGGUGCUUCAGUUUCACCUCAGCAACCUGGAGUACGCCUGUGGAAGCACAUUAGACCAGGUAUCGGCAAGAUCUUGGGACCACAAUGAGUUCUUUGCCCAGUUCUCAGGAGACCACACGUUACUCACCAAGGGCUACUCCGCUUUGCUCCACAAACUGGCCGAGGGUCUCGACAUCCGCACAAAGUGCCCGGUUCAAGCCAUUGAUUACUCAGGUGAUGUGGUCAAAGUUACCUCCUCCAACGGGUCCCAGUGGACAGCACAGAAGGUUCUCGUUACAGUUCCGUUGACUUUGCUCCAGAAGAACUUGAUUCAGUUCCACCCAGCGCUUCCUGAAAGGAAACUGAAAGCAAUCCACAGUCUGGGAGCCGGUAUCAUAGAAAAGAUUGCUCUCCAGUUCCCGUACAGAUUCUGGGACAACAAAAUCCAAGGGGCAGACUACUUUGGCCACAUACCACCAGGUCCCGACAAGAGGGGCAUGUUCAGUGUCUUCUAUGACGUGGAGCCACAGGGGAAGCAGGCUGUCCUCAUGUCUGUUAUCACUGGGGACGCUGUGCCUGCUGUCCGGGACAUGGAGGACAAGGAGGUGGUGGACGAGUGCAUGAAGGUGCUGCGUGAGCUUUUCAAAGAGCAGGACGUCCCAGAGCCGCUGCAUUUCUUUGUCACUCAUUGGAGCAAAGACAUGUGGUCCCAGAUGUCCUACAGCUUUGUGAAGACGGGGGGAAGUGGAGAGGCCUACGAUAUCCUCGCUGAAGACGUGCAGGGAAAAGUGUUCUUUGCUGGAGAGGCCACCAACAGACAUUUCCCUCAGACUGUGACAGGGGCCUACCUGAGUGGGGUCAGAGAGGCCAGCAAGAUGGCUGCUAUGUAAACUCUGCCGGUCCCCGAGCACACUCUAAAAACACCAGCACGGACACACGGGUCGCACUGAGCAACAGACCGCUAGACAACCUGGACUGCGUUGACCUGAAUGGCUCCACGAUAUUUCACUGUGCUGUGAUGUGUGUGUGUGUGUGUGUGUGUGUGUGAGAUCAGGUCAAGUAGGGCUUCCCAGGGCCUGGCUCUACAUGUUUAACACAAGAGAAAUGUUAAAGUUCAGUUUAAUGCGUGUACGUAGCACUUCUGUGAUGGAAAUGGUCAGAAAUUGUCAUUUUGAG